AUGUCUUACAAUCCCUACGGCCAGGCGCCGAAUGCCGAGGCUGGUUAUGGCUACGGCCAGCAAGUGAGUCACGAGUUGGAGCCUUACGGGCAGCCAUACAACAGCCAGCCAUACAGCCAACAACCACAUGGCACCCCUCAGCAGUCACACCAGUAUGGAAGCCCUCAGCAGCAGUCGUAUAACAUGCAGUCCGCCAAUGUGCUGCCGACGGCGGACUUCCUAUCGCGGGUGUCGGGGAUCCGGGAGGACAUGCGGGAGCUUAGCAAGAGGGUGGACGACAUUGUGCAGCUGCACCAGCGCGCGCUGACCAGCAGCGAUGGCAGCGCGCGCGAGCAGCUCGACGCGUUAGUGGCCCACACGCAAAUAAAGAACACGGCAAUCCGCGACCAGAUCCAGACCCUCAAGGGCGACGCCGAGCGCACGUCGGACGGCAGCUUCGGCCUCAAGAAGCGCCAGUUCGAGUCGCUCAACAAGGAGUACAAGGACGAGAUCCAAAAGUACCUGCGCGAGGAGCAGGAGUACCGUGAGCGCUACCGCGAGCAGAUCGCCCGCCAGUACCGCAUCGUCAACCCGUCAGCCACCGAGGCCGAGGUACAGCAGGCCCAGGAUGCCGACUGGGGUAAUGAGGGCGUCUUCCAGACUGCGCUUAAGAGCAACCGCUCCGGCCACGCGUCCGAGGUUCUCCGGAACGUGCAGGCCCGGCACACAGAGCUGCUAAACAUCGAGCGGCAAAUCCGGGAUUUGAUGGACCUCAUGCAGUACCUGAGCACGCAGGUGGUGGAGCAGAGCGCCAUGGUCCAGCAGGCGGCGCAAAAGGCCGAGGAGACUACUGACCACCUCGACAACGCCAACGUCCAACUGGGCAAGGGCGUCGACCACGCCCGCCGCCGCCGCAGGCUCAAGUGGUGGUGCGCACUCGUCGUCUUCCUCAUCGUUCUCGCCAUUGCCCUCGGCGUGGGCCUCGGCAUCGCUUUGACCAACCAGAACAAGAACAAAACGUAA